AUGAGCAUUCCACGUGGUGGCCCCCCGGGGGCCCCCAAAGUAAAGCGCGAGGAGGGGCCCCUGGAACCUAAGCCCAGUAGAGCAGCAGCAGCAGCAGCAGCAGCAGCAGCAGCAGCAGCAGCAGCAGCACCAGAAGCAGCAGCAGCAGCAGGAGUUAAGGUGAAGAAGGAGAAAGAGAAGGUUCCUCCGAAGCAGAAACAGCAGCAGCAGCAGCAGCAGCAGCAGCAGCAGCAGCAGCAGCAGGGCUCUCCCCAGCAAUCAGACCCUCACUCUGGGGGCCCCCUGGGGGCCCCCCAAAAAAAGGGUACAGCAGGGGGGCCCCCAGCUAGAGGCUCUGCACCUAAGGGGGGCCCCCGGGGGGCCCCCCAAACCCCUGGGGGCCCCCCUGGGGGCCCCCAGGGGGCCCCCAAGACCCAGGGGGCCCCCAAGACCCAGGGGGCCCCCAAGACCCCGAGGGGCCCCCAGGGGGGCCCCCCUGGGGGCCCCCAGGGGGCCCCCAAGAGGCAAGGGGGGCCCCCCAAAAGCAGCAAAGAAAAGGGAGGCCCCCAGGGGGGCCCCCAGGGGGGCCCCCAGAGGGGCCCCCAGGGGGGCCCCCAGGGGGGCCCCCAGGGGGGCCCCCAGGGUUUGGGGGGCCCCCAGGGGGGCCCCCAGGGGCCCCCGGGGGCCCCGAAAGGGUCUGAAGGGUUUAGCAAAAGGUUUAACACUCCUUUGGUGGUUAAAAAUGAAAUGGAAGUCGAGGGUUUAGAGUCUGAUGAUGAAGAAGACUUAAAUAGAAUUGGAGAGGUGCCUUUGUGGUGGUACGACAAGUACAAACAUAUAGGUAAACCCUAA